GCCUGACCCUUGAGAUUAAAUUCAACCAAGAUGAGUACGUGCCAGCGUCAGUCGUGACCUCGGCCGGGGGAAGGGUCGGGCUAACCAUGCCGGGUUCGCUGCCCAAACCCAUCGACGUGGGCCACGACGUCAGUCCGAAUGCCGAAACGAGCCUGGCUCUGAUGGCGUUCCUCACUAGUCGGCAACCGGCGCCUUACACGUCCAAGUGCUGGCACACCUGGGACCAGACGCCGUUCAUUCCUAGGAUCCUCCUAAAUGCCACAACCAACAAGUACAUCAGAGGGAUAAGCUACUCUCAAACGGAUUGUCGCACACUUUGCUUCAGUGCCAUGAUGAACCGCAGGUGCAACUGCAGCGAUUACUAUUCGGCUCAAGAGUUUUACUUUCAUGGAGAAUUGUUCAACUCGGCAGAGCGAUUGUGUGACUACACAAAU